UUUUUACUUCUUUGUCUUCUUGUCUUCUUAUUUCCCCGUCACAUCUUACCCAGCCUCUUUGGCCAUCUUAUCUUACCCUCCUGAAAAGGAUACAUCUCUACCGCUACUAAAAUACAAAUACUUCUAUUCUAAUUCGAUUGCGGACUAAUCGAGAAAGGGCGUGUCUGCGGGAUGACAAAGCGAGGACGGAGUCUCGUUGCACUUCGCCCUAAUUAACAAUAGCAUCUAAUAGUAUUUACGAUGGACGAUUUCGACCGAGAUUCCAAUGCGAGUUCGGACAACGAACAUGAAGACGAUCUCAUGAUUCACGACGCGGAAGCUGAUGGCGAUGUUGAUGUCGAUGGCGAGGAUGAAAAUGAGAAUGCCGAUCACGAUGAGGACGACAAUGAGAACGAGAACGAGGAGGAGGAGGAAGAUGAUGCGGAUCAACAUGAGCACGAGGAUGAAGAGGACACCCAAGACCUCCGACAACCGAACGGUUUAUCCAAUCCGGCCGUCACUCGAAUGUCAGCUACCCCGGGCCCUCUCGCAACCCCCAAGUGGACGCCGAGGGUUCGCCCGGAAGUGCUUACCGCGCCAACUUACGAUAUUGUCCCAACAAUGGCAGCACCUAUGGCUACUAGCAUAAACGCGAUAGCUAUCACCCCAGAUCUCCGGUACUGGAUGACUGGCGGAAGCGACGGGUACAUCAGGAAAUACGACGGGCCGGCUACGAUUAAUGGCAAGACCCUCCUAACCGUGGCACAGAGGCAUCCUUUCGUUGACUCGGUCACUAAGGCUGGGGUCUUGAUGUCGUACUGGGAAAAUGCGGAGUCCGCUCCUGUGCGGCAGGAAGACCAAGUCCUUAGUCCCGUCUACAGCCUCGCAGUCCACUCCCAGGCCUUAUGGCUCCUGUCCGGUCUCGAGAGCGGCGGGAUCAACCUCCAAAGCGUUCGCCACGACGAGGGAAAGAGAAUCACCUGCCUGAAGAAGCACACAAAUGCGGUUAGCGUGCUGACCCUCUCCCCGGAUGAGAAGAGCGUGCUUAGUGGUAGUUGGGACAAGAACAUCUUUGACUGGGACCUGAAUACGGGGCAGGUGAAGCGCCAGUUCGACGGCAGUGGCGGGCAGAUUUCCGCUAUCGAGAUCCGUCCGAUGGGAGGGGUGCCGAUCCCCCCCGAAGCUAGCGAGGAGGAUAUCGCAAGCGAUACGCUUUUCACCAACAACUCCCAUCCCGGUGCGGACGGCGACCUGCAGCUAGAGUUGGAUGGAGGAUUCGGCACUGGUCUAAAUAAUAGCAUGAAUGGUACCGGCAUUAAUGGGGUGGCUGGUCAGACAUCCCACGGAAGAGAUGGCGCAAUUGAUGCCCAGGGGAGUCCAGCGCAUGACAGCCUUUUUGGUGGUAGCCCUACGGGUGGCUCCGAUCUUUUUGGCGACAACGACGGGAUGGGCGCCUUUGGGGGUGACGACGACAAUGAAUUCUCCCGAGCUAUGAUGCAAGACUCGGCCCAAGAUGCCAGUGUUGCGAUGGGCGACUUCGACAUGUCCGGUCCGACUUUUGAACCUGACACAGGUCAGGUGCCAGCUGCCCAGCCUCUUCCGGAUACGAAUCAGCCAGACCCUACUCUGUUUGGAGAUAAUGCGCUCAACUCUUUCGGGACCGAUGCUAGCCAUGACCCGUCGUCUUUACCUACUCUUCCCGACUUCCCGCUUCCUUCGGCAGGCGACCAUCCGUUCCCAUCACACCCGGCGGGUGUGCUACAGUCGGCGAUUCCCGGACCCCAGGGAUUAGCACCUCAGUCACCUUCGACUGUCUUCGCCGCGCCGGCGCCGAUACAUUACGAUAUGGCUCAAACUUCAGAUAGCACAUUUCUUUCGGCAUCUAUCCACGGGACGCUACGGGUUUGGGACCGGCGGAUGCCAAACCCGGUAGCGCGUAUCGAUAACAAGCCUGGUAUUCCUCCUUGGUGCAUGGGCGCAUGCUGGAGUCCGGAUGGUAAUUGGAUCUACGCCGGUCGGAGAAACGGCACGGUGGAAGAAUUUAGCGUACAGAGGGCAAGGGGAGGGCGUGUGGGCUGGCAAGCAGAGCGUGUUUUUAAAUUCCCUGGAGGCAGCGGUCCAGUCAGCUGCGUUCGGUCUAUGGCCAAUGGACGUCACCUAGUCUGUGCGUCCCACGACAUUCUUCGACUCUACGAUCUUCGUUCGGGGCACUCUUCUAAGCAUUCGCCGCCGCCUUUUUUGAUUAUUCCUGGCCCACCACGUGCUGGCGUCAUAUCCAGCCUUUAUAUUGACCCUUCUAGCCGCUUCAUGCUCUCGGCCGCGGGGAACCGUGGCUGGGAAGGGACUACUACCGAGGUGCUUAUUGGAUACGAAAUAAAUGUGCCUGCGUAGCGGUUGCAAUUGACACUGAUGACGGCUAGGCACUUUUAGUAUUGCACGCUUGGUCUUGUGGGACUUUGGUAUCUAUGCAUAUUUUAACAAUGCAUUUAAAUACGAUGGCUGCCAGUGACGUAUUCAUUGGGAGAAUUACUCCGGCAACGAUCGAAUCGAGGUAUCUCUUUAUUUGAUUUGAAG